AUGAAUACUUUAGCAAUAACAUAUAGUCAUCAAGGUCGAUGGAAGGAGGCAGAAGAGCUGCAGUUGGAAGUACUCUCUUUACAGAAGCAAAUAUUAGAAGAAGAACAUCCUGACACAGUGAGGGCUAUAAAUAAUUUAGCAGCAACAUAUAGCAUUCAAGGUCGAUGGAAGAAAGCAGAAGAGCUGCAGUUGCAGAUUCUGUCUUUCCGGAAGCAAAUAUUAGGAGAAGAACAUCCUGACACAGUGAUUGCUAUGAGUAAUCUAGCAUUAACAUAUGGUAAUCAAGAUCAAUGGAAGGAAGCAGAAGAGCUAAAGUUACAGGUACUCUCUUUACAGAAGCAAAUAUUAGGAGAAGAACAUCCUGACACAGUGAGGGCUAUGAAUAAUUUAGCAGCAACAUAUAGCAUUCAAGGUCGAUGGAAGGAAGCAGAAGAGCUGCAGUUGCAGGUUCUGUCUUUCCGGAAGCAAAUAUUAGGAGAAGAACAUCCUGACACAGUGAUUGCUAUGAGUAAUCUAGCAUCAACAUAUGCAGAAGAGCUGCAGUUGCAGGUACUCUCUUUACAGAAGCAAAUAUUAGGAGAAGAACAUCCUAACACAUUGAGUGCUAUAGACAAUCUAGCAACAACAUAUAAUGAUCAAGGUCGAUGGAAGGAAGCAGAAGAGCUAAAGUUGCAGGUACUCUCUUUACAGAAGCAAAUAUUAGGAGAAGAACAUCCUGACACAUUGAGUGCUAUGAAUAAUCUAGCAUUAACAUAUGAUAAUCAAGGUCGAUGGAAGGAAGCAGAAGAGCUGCAGUUGCAGGUCCUCUCUUUACAGAAGCAAAUAUUAGGAGAAGAACAUCCUGACACAUUGAGUGCUAUGAAUAAUCUAGCAUUAACAUAUAAUAAUCAAGGUCGAUGGAAGGAAGCAAAAGAGUUAGCAUAG